GCUGCCGCGCCGCGCUGCCCCGCCGCCCCCCGGGCUGGGCACCACUGAGCGGCUACGGGGGGGGCGAGGCGGGGGGGCUCAAGCGGACCCCGCUGGACGAUCUGCACCGGGCCCACGGCGGGAAGAUGGUGCCGUUCGCCGGCUGGAGCAUGCCCCUGCACUACGGCGAGGGUCACCUCCAGUCCCACCUGCACACCCGGCGCCACUGCUCCCUUUUCGACGUCUCCCACAUGCUCCAGACCCGGGUGUACGGCCGGGACCGUGUCAGGUUCAUGGAGAGCCUGGUGGUGGGGGACAUCGCCGAGCUGAAGCUGGGACAGGGCACCCUGACACUGCUCACCAACGAGAAGGGUGGCAUCGUGGACGACCUCAUCGUCACCAACGCAGUGGGAGAUCACCUCUACGUGGUGUCCAACGCUGGCUGCGCCGACAAGGACUUGGCUGUCAUGAGGGGCAGAGUGGCGGAGCUGCAGGCUGCCGGUGCUGAGGUUCACCUGGAGGUGUCAGACAACGCACUGCUGGCUCUACAAGGUCCCUCCAUGGCACGGGUGCUGCAGGCAGGGCUAUCAGAUGACCUGGCCAAGCUGUCCUUCAUGAACAGCAUCACCACGACGGUUUUUGGUGUGCUGGGCUGCCAGGUCACACGCUGUGGCUACACAGGCGAGGAUGGUGUGGAGAUCUCUGUGCCCGCAGGGCAGGCAGUGGAGCUUGCAGAGCAGCUGCUGGGUGUCCCUGAGGUGUGGCUGGCAGGACUGGCAGCCAGGGACAGCCUGCGCCUGGAGGCUGGGCUCUGCCUCUAUGGCAAUGACAUCGAUGAGACCAUCACGCCUGCUGAGGCUGGGCUGCUGUGGACCUUGGGGAAGCGCCGGCGCGCUGCCAUGGACUUCCCUGGCGCGGCCAUCAUCAUGGCCCAAGUGAAAGAGAAGCCGAAGCGCAAACGUGUGGGGCUGACGUCGGUGGGACCCCCCAUCAGGCCCCAUAUGGCCAUUCUGGGCCCUGAGGGCACACCAGUGGGCACAGUGACCAGCGGCUGCCCCUCACCCUCCCUGGGCAAGAACAUCGCCAUGGGCUACGUGGAGACAGCACACAGCCGUGCUGGCACCACGCUUGCCGUUGAGGUCCGUAAGAAGCAGCACCCAGCCCUUGUCACCAAGAUGCCCUUUGUGCCCACCCAGUACUAUAUGGCCAAGUGAGGCUGGUGCCCACUGCAGCCAUGGCCCCUGACCCCAAUAAACACCCCUGCCCUACU